CACAUGUCGUAGUUGGGAACAGGAAGUUCCGGGUAGAAAUCCACAGAACUAUGUUGUUAUGUCGAUAGUGGUUGUGUCCGUUUCAAAUGUAUUAUUGUAGGCCGACUCAGAUUAAGUCUGAGGCCGUUAACGUCAACAGUGAGGACAAACCCAGCCUGCCACUCUCCUUCCACACUGAGUCCAAACCUACAGUCACUGGGUCCUGAUUGUGACAGUGGAGCCCAGUUUGCUCUGCAGGAUCCAGAGAUGGCAUCAGUGAAGCUGGAAGACUGCAGUCAAACACUGGAGCUGAAUGUCAACAUUAAAGAUGAAGAAGAGGAGGAGAACAUUAGGACAACUGUUAGUCAUGACCGACUCAGAUUAAGUCUGAGGCCGUUAACGUCAACAGUGAGGACAAUCCCAGCCUGCCACUCUCCUUCCACACUGGGUAGAAACCUACAGUCACUGGGUCCUGAUUGUGACAGUGGAGCCCAGUUUGCACUGCAGGAUCCAGAGAUGGCAUCAGUGAAGCUGGAAGACUGCAGUCAAACACUGGAGCUGAAUGUCAACAUUAAAGAUGAAGAAGAGGAGGAGAACAUUAGGACAACUGUUAGUCAUGAUCAAUUUGUAUGAACAUCUCAAGGAUGAUCAAUGGAAACAGGAUGCACCUGAGCUCAAUUCAAAAGUUUGGGGUCACUUAACACCAGUCUCAACGUCAACAGUGAAGAGGCGACUCCGGGAUGCUGGCCUUCUAGGCAGAGUUGCAAAGGCCAGUUUUAAUGCUUCUUUAGUCAGAUCCACAGUUUUCAGCUGUGCUAACAUCAUUUUAGAAGGGUUUUGUAAUGGUUUUGUAAUGACAAAUUAGCCUUUUAAAAUGAUACACUUGAAUUAGCUAACACAACAUGCCAUUGGAUCACAGGAGUGAUGGUUGCUGAUAAUGGGCCUCUGUUCGCCUAUGUAGAUAUUCCAUCAAAUAUCUGCCGUUUCCAGCUACAAUAGUCAUUUACAACAAUAACAAUGUCUACACUGUAUUUCUGAUCAAUUUGAUGUUAUUUUAAUGGACAAACAAUGUGCUUUUCUUUCAAAACAAGGACAUUUGUAAGUGACCCCAAACUUUAGAAUGUAUUCAUUUAUUUCACCACUAAUGGUAGUGUAUUUAUUUUUAUUUUAUUUUAUUUUUUAACAUUUCUUUUAUGUCCUUAUCAUACUGGUUAUUGUCCGGAAUUUUGGAUGACUGACGUGCCCAAAGUAAACUGCCUGUAAACUGCCCAAAAGCCAGGAUAUGCAUAUACCUGAUAGCAUUGGAUAGAAAACACUCUGAAGUUUCUAAAACUGUUAAAAAAAUGUCUGUGACUAUAACAGAACUGAUUUGCCAGGUGAAAACCUGAGGAAAAUCCAUCUGGAAUGUUUAUCUUUUUAGGUCACAGGUUUUCUCAGUGCUUGCCUAUGGGAUACACAAAUAGAUAGGACCCAGAUUGCAGUUCCUAUGGCUUCCACUAGAUGUCAACAGUCUUUAGAAAGGGUUUCAGGCUUGUUUUUUUUAGAAAUUAACAGGUAUUUGUAGUUUUUCCAAGGUGUCCCCCAUUUCUAAAAGUAGUCAUGUUGCACGCAUCAACGAGAGUGCGCUCUUCGUUAUUUAUCUUCUCUAUUAAACACACUAUUCUCUGUCUUAAAUUUGGUUUAUUUAGAUAUUAGAAUACCUGAGGGUUAAUUAGAAACAUUGUUUGACUUGUUUGGACAAACUUUACCGGUAGCUUUUUGGAUUAGUUUGUGUGCAUGUUGAACGAGUGACUUACUGAAUCAAGCGCACCAUCUAAACUGACAUUUUUGGGAUAUAAGGAAGGACUUUAUCGACGUGGGGAGCUGUCCUCAGAUAAUCGCAUGGUAUACUUUCUCCGUAAAGCCUUUUUCAAAUCUGACAACGCAGUUGGAUUAACAAGAAGUUUUUAAAUGAUGUAAAACACUUCUAUUGUCAUUCAUGUUUAAUAUUACGAUUUUUGUAUUUUGAAUUUCGCACUCUGCAAUUUCACCAGAUGUUGUCGUAGGUGUCCUGCUAGCGUUUGGACAUGCGCCCAAACAGGUUAACUAGGCAGGUCAGUUAGGAACAAAUGUUUAUUUUAAAUGACGGCCUAGGAACAGUGGGUUAACUGCCUUAUUCAGGGGAAGAACAACAGAUUUUUACCUCGUCAGUUCAGGGAUUCGAUCUUGCAACCUUUUGGUUGCUCUAACCACUAGGCUACCUGUCCCCCGGUAUGGCCAGAAGAGGACUGGUCACCGCUCUGAGCCUGGUUCCUCUCUAGGUUUCUUCCUAGGUUCCUGCUUUCUAGAGAGAUGUUUGUGGGCACUGUGCUUCUACAUCUGCAUUGCUUGCUCUUUGGGUAUUUUAGGUUGGGUUUCUGUUAAGCACUUUGACAACUACUGAUGUAAAAAGGGCUUCAUAAAAUAAAUUUGAUUGACAUGUAUAUCACA